CUUUGACAUAUUGAACAUCCUCAUCGCGAACGCCCGACGCUCGCCCCGAGCACAAGUCCCGCCCACGAUGUCUUCACAACUACCGCUUCGGAGUAUACGAAUACCAGCGCUGCAACGGCAAUGCCUCUUUCAACGCCACCAAAUCCUCCUCCGCUCCGCCCAACCCGCCAUAACCCAUCCAUCAUCUCGCCGUACUUUCUCCAGCACUCCCUCACGCCCGAACAAGCGUAGCCAAUUCGGCCAGGACAAGGCGCAAACAAGAUCUGCUGCUGAGGCCCAAGUUGCGCCUUCCCCGAAGGUCAACUUUGACCGUGCGCAACGGGAUGCAGAUGCCAUGGCGGAGGAUAUUGGUAUCUUGCAGAAUACAAUUGUGAGAGCAUCUUUUAAGGACGUGUGGGAAGAGACAGACCAUGUUAGAGAAGUCAUGGGAUAUUACUGGAACAUGGUCAAGCACAAGGCAACGGCUCUUUAUUCACGAUACUAUUACCGCGCGUGCAUUCAAAAAUCCGGCUGGACAAAAUACCUACCCGUCGAUCCAUUCAACAACACACAAUACAAAGUCCUAGCGCAGAGACACUACAAGCGAAUCCAGCAAUGCUUUGCCAAAGGCAACAUAGGCCCCCUCGAGCAAAUAUGCCUACCUCCCCUCGUCAAGAAGCUCAAACAGCGUGUCGCCGCCCGCGGAGGCAAACUCAACAUGUCCUGGCACCUCCACAAAGUCAAAUCCAUGCGCGUAGUCUCGCACCGCGCCGCACCUCUGGGCGAAGAACAACCAGAUUCAGCUUACAGACAAGUCGUUGUACGAAUCGAAUCCGUUCAGUCGCUCAAACGAUCCGAUUCUUCUUCGUCUAAAUCCGCUUCUUCUUCGUCUAGAUCUGCAAAGCCAUCCUCUUCGCCACGCGCUGUCGCUCCUCCUCUCCCCUGGGUCCCGGAUUCCGUACGCCAACGAGCUGAAAAGGCCCGCCAACGGAUCCAGAAACUAGAGGACGAGGGUGAGAAUGUGAACCAGAUUGUCAAGAGCGGCGACAAGUAUGCGGAUAAUGGAGUGCCCAAGACAGUGGUGGAGUAUCUCGUAUUGCAGAAGAGGGUUGUCAGAGGGGUAGAGGAGGAUUGGAAGGUUUGGGGCUUUGCCAAGGAGUCGACGCCGAGUGUGGUUGCGAGCGACGAGAAGUAUUGGGCUAAGAUGUUGGAUACACAGCUUGGCCCUGCUUAAUUUCGACACCCGUGGUGUGGGAGAGAACGAGAAACGAAAGAGAGACUGUAACCAUAUUUGUAUAUAUGAUGGAUGUGAUGAGAGCGUGUGGUCGCGCUCCAGAAACUUCAGGUGUAAUCAUACGUGGUAUGGGGACGCGACAUCGAAGUUGCAAGUGUGAAUAAACUUGACAUCACGUUGUGUGUAUCAUACAGGAAAAGUGUUCACUGAAGAAGUGCGGUGGAUAGAGGAUAGUCAUGUCAUUUGAGCUCUAGUUGCUAGUAGCAAUAACGACAACCCAGAUACAUGCAAUCGUUCGGCGCCCAGCAUUCUACUGUCGCGCA